GUCAUAGAAUGCUCAGCACAUAUUCAACUUCAUGUUUUUCUCUUUCUUCUUCUUCGUCAAGGUGUUCUCUUCAACAACAAGGCUGUGUUCAACCACCUCAACUUUCAGUGAAGAAGACACAUAACUUCCUCAAGAGCUGCCAUUGCAGCAACCCUUUCAAAUGUUGUUCAGAAGGGUUUUCUUCUUCAGUUAACAUUCAGCAUUUAACAUUCAAAUCCCACAAGAGAAACCCCAUUCAUGUUUCAUCAGAAUAUGGGUAUCCAUCAAAGCCUGAGGAUCAGAAUCAUGUUUCUAAGCAAUUGAGAGCUUUCUAUCUAUUUUCUCGCCCACAUACUAUAAUUGGAACUGUCAUUGGAAUCACAUCAGUUUCUCUUCUUCCAUUAGAAACAAUUUCAGAUUUGUCUCCAGCCUUUUUUGUUGGAUUGUUGAAGGCAAUGGUGCCGUCAGUGUUGAUGAACAUUUAUGUGGUGGGCUUGAAUCAGAUAUUUGAUGUUGAAAUAGACAAGGUUAACAAACCUGACCUUCCUCUAGCUUCUGGGGAUUUCUCUAUGGAAACUGGAAGACAAAUUGUAUUCAUAUCCUUACUGAUGAGUGUUGGCAUGGGAAUUAUGUUCCAAUCCCCACCUUUGUUUUGUGCCCUACUCAUAAGUUGUCUGCUUGGAACUGCAUAUUCUAUUGAAACUCCCUUGUUAAGAUGGAAAAGAUAUCCAGUCCUAGCUGCCUCAUGCAUCUUGAUUGUGAGGGCUAUUGUCGUUCAACUCGCAUUCUUUGCACACAUCCAGAAACAUGUCCUUGGUAGAUCCAUAGUAUAUACAAAAUCAGUGGUCUUUGGAGUCGCCUUCAUGUGCUUCUUCUCCACUGUCAUUGCAUUAUUCAAGGAUAUACCUGAUGUGGAUGGUGAUAGAGAAUUUGGAAUUCAAUCCUUUACUGUCAAACUAGGGCAAAAGAAAGUAUUUUGGCUAUGCGUUAACAUGCUGCUAAUGGCAUAUGGAGCUGCCACAGUUAUUGGAGCCUCAUCUUCCUCCAUGCCUAUCAAGUUUGCCACUGUGUUUUGCCAUUGUGCACUUGCAUUGGUCCUUUGGGUCCGAGCUCAAUCCGUCGAUCUCAGUAGCAAAGAAGCAGUGACUUCCUUCUACAUGUUCAUUUGGAAGUUGUUCUAUGCCGAGUACUUCCUCAUUCCUCUGGUUCGCUGACAAGAUGGAGUUACCACUUACUAGGACUGAGAGGCCUAAAACAUGUCUCAAUGUGAAGUGUGGUGCUGUUUGUGCCUUGAUAUAUACAUGGUGGACUAUGUUGAUGUUGUUAUUAUGUCACAAUGUUACUUAGGAAAAUCCAAGAAAAAGCAUACUAUAAUCUUUCAAUUAAGUGUAUCUUGACCAAUUGACAUUAUAAUUGUGACAUAAUAUCAUGUGUAAGACGUUGCAAGGCAAACACUUUUUGAAUCAAAACCUAAAUGCUGGCUAUUAGGAAUUUGCUUUAUGGAGGAAUGUUUUAAAUAUCAAUAGUUUUGUUGUUUAGUUGA